AUGGGGGGCCCUCCGGCCGCCGCGGCCUCCACCUCCUCCGCACCCCCCGGGCCCCGGCGCCGCUCCAUCCGCCCGAUCGACCCCCCGCGUCAGGACGAUCAGGAUCAACCCCCACGCGUGCUGUCUUCCGAGCACGAAUCGACGUCCUCGCAGCACCAACGCCGCUCCACCCGCCUGAUCAGGCUCCGGCGGCGAGACGAUCAGCCGCCCCCGCCCCCGUCCCCGCCACGCGACUCCACGCCCCCGCUAGCGGCCGAGGCGGUUGCGCGUCCUCCCUCCGGCGCGCCAACUCCUCGUCGCUCGGUCCGGGUCCACCUCCGCGUCCGCGGCCUUCCCUCGGCGGCAUCUCCCUCCACUCCCAGGCGGCGGCGCAGAUCACCCACGGCUCCCCGGCCCAAGUCCAUCGAGGCGAAAGCAGAGGAGUGGGCCAAGGAGAAGGCGGCGUCGGGUUGCUCCCAGGAGGAGUGCGUCCUUCCUUUUCUCCGGAAAGGCGCCCCCAGGAAGGUUGAGUGCCUGAUUUGCUCAAAGAGUAUUCUGCCGGAUGAAAGGGUGCAAUGUUCAGUUAAUCACUGUGAUGUCACCUUGCACAAGUCUUGUUCUGAAAAAACAGACGGAUGCUGCCCUCGGCAUGAAGCAGGCCCUGCAAAUGACAUUAAGGAAGCCUUCCAGCGCUUACCUCUCCCAUACACCAACCAAGAGUUCAACAUUAAACCUUUUAGUACACAGGAUUUGGAAAAUGAGAGGGAGCCACCUCCAUAUGUACAUAUAAAGCGCAAUGUUUUUAUUGUCAAGAAUAAAUGUGACGGUGAUGCAGUUGAAACUGGAUGUGCCAACUGUGACCAUGACUCGACCUGUGAAAGAUGCCCCUGCAGAUGUUCAUUGGUUAGCUGCUCUCAGGCUUGUCAUUGCUCAGUUAAAUGCUCCAACAAACCAUUUCGCAGAGAGAAAAUGAUUGAGAUCGUUAAGACACAGCAAUGCGGAUGGGGCGCUAUUUCUCUGGAAACCAUUGAGAAAGAUGAUUUUGUGAUAGAGUUUGUUGGAGAAGUCAUAGAUGAUGCAACGUGUGAAGAUAGGCUCCAGGACAUGAGGCAGCGCAGAGAUCAGAAUUUCUACAUGUGUAAAGUCAGCAAAGACUUUAUAAUUGAUGCAACUUUUAGAGGAAAUGCCUGUCGCUUUCUUAACCACAGCUGCCAACCUAACUGUCGGCUGGAGAAAUGGCAAGUAAAAGGCAAGACAAGAUUAGGUGUGUUUGCUUCACAGACUAUUAAAGCAGGAAUGCCCUUGACUUACAACUACAGAUUCUCCACUUCUUUUGGUCCCGAGAAAGAAUGUUUCUGUGGGGCUCCAAACUGUCGAGGGAAAUUGUGA